AUGUCACCCUCUGCCGUACAAUCUUCCGAACCUCAAGAACAGUCGAGUAAAAUUGACGAGUUGAAAGCGCAAAUGUCUCAAUCUGCAUCAGCCGCUCAGCAAAAAAAGGAGCACGAGUACGAACAUUUGACGUCUGUUAAGAUCGUGCCACAACGGCCUAUCGCCGAUAGAUUGCAACCUGAAAUUGCCACACACUACUCCCCACAUUUGGAUGGGUUGCGGGAUUACCAGCGCCUACAUAAGGAAUCCAUCGAGGACCCUGCUAAGUUCUUCGGUUCGAAAGCAACCCAAUUUUUGAAUUGGUCGAAGCCAUUUGAUAAGGUGUUCAUUCCGGACCCCGAAACCGGCAGGCCCUCCUUCCAGAACAACGCAUGGUUUCUCAAUGGUCAACUGAAUGCCUGUUACAACUGUGUUGACAGACAUGCUUUAAAAACGCCCAACAAAAAGGCGAUUAUUUUUGAAGCUGAUGAGCCUGGUGAAGGCUAUUCCAUAACUUACAAGCAAUUGCUUGAAGAAGUCUGUCAGGUAGCCCAGGUGCUGACCUACUCUAUGGGGGUUCGCAAGGGUGAUACUGUUGCCGUGUAUAUGCCAAUGGUUCCUGAGGCCAUCAUCACCUUGUUGGCUAUUUCUCGUAUCGGUGCAAUUCAUUCCGUAGUCUUUGCCGGGUUUUCUUCCAAUUCCUUGAGAGACCGUAUCAAUGAUGGGGACUCCAAAGUUGUCAUCACAACGGAUGAAUCCAACAGAGGUGGCAAAAUCAUUGAGACCAAAAGAAUUGUCGACGACGCGCUAAGAGAAACUCCAGGCGUGAGGCACGUCUUGGUUUACAGAAAGACCAACAACCCAUCAGUCGCUUUCCACUCCCCCAGAGAUUUGGAUUGGGCAACUGAAAAGAAAAAAUACAAGACCUACUAUCCAUGCACUCCAGUUGAUUCCGAGGAUCCGUUAUUCUUGUUGUAUACUUCUGGCUCUACAGGCGCCCCCAAAGGUGUUCAACAUUCCACUGCAGGCUACUUGUUAGGCGCUUUAUUAACCAUGCGCUACACUUUUGACACUCAUCAAGAGGACAUAUUCUUCACUGCGGGUGAUAUUGGUUGGAUCACAGGACACACUUAUGUGGUUUAUGGUCCUUUGCUAUAUGGUUGUGCCACUUUGGUCUUUGAAGGUACUCCAGCAUACCCUGACUACUCCCGUUACUGGGAUAUCAUUGAUAAACAUAAGGUCACUCAAUUCUACGUUGCCCCAACCGCUUUGCGUUUGUUGAAAAGAGCCGGCGACUCCUAUAUUGAAAAUCAUUCAUUAAAAUCGUUACGUUGCUUAGGUUCCGUCGGUGAACCAAUUGCCGCUGAGGUCUGGGAGUGGUACUCUGAAAAAAUAGGUAAGAAUGAAAUCCCCAUUGUAGAUACUUACUGGCAAACGGAAUCCGGUUCACAUUUGGUCACCCCAUUGGCCGGUGGUGUCACACCAAUGAAACCUGGCUCCGCCUCGUUCCCCUUCUUCGGUAUCGAUGCAGUUGUUCUUGAUCCUAAUACUGGUGAAGAAAUCAACUCUACUCAUGCAGAAGGUGUCCUUGCCGUCAAAGCUGCAUGGCCAUCGUUUGCAAGAACCAUUUGGAAAAAUCAUGAUAGGUAUUUGGACACCUAUUUAAACCCUUAUCCUGGCUAUUACUUUACAGGUGACGGUGCUGCAAAGGACAAAGAUGGCUAUAUUUGGAUUUUAGGCCGUGUUGAUGAUGUGGUGAACGUCUCCGGUCAUCGUUUAUCUACCGCCGAGAUUGAAGCUGCCAUCAUUGAGGACCCGAUUGUGGCUGAAUGUGCUGUUGUGGGAUUUAAUGAUGACUUAACUGGUCAAGCAGUAGCUGCAUUUGUGGUUUUAAAAAACAAAUCUAGUUGGUCCACUGCGACAGAUGAUGAAUUGCAAGAUAUCAAGAAACAUUUGGUCUUUACUGUCAGAAAGGACAUCGGUCCAUUUGCUGCACCAAAACUGAUCAUUUUAGUGGAUGACUUGCCCAAGACAAGAUCUGGUAAGAUAAUGAGACGUAUUUUGAGAAAAAUUCUAGCGGGAGAAAGUGACCAAUUAGGUGAUGUUUCUACUUUAUCAAAUCCUGGCAUUGUUAGACAUUUGAUUGAUUCAGUCAAGUUGUAA